AUGUGGGCUGUUUCCGGGGUCUCCCUUCUCCUUCCGUUCUGCCUCCUCAUCAGCUUCGACGUGCCCGCGUCGCAUGGGCAGACCGAGAGGCAAGGAUCUCGAUCUGUGUGUGACGAGCCCUGCUUCGGAGGAAGGAACCUGUCCUGGUGGCUAUCGACCUCCCUCAGGAGGAAACGUCUUCGCCCGACGCUGCCUUCGGUCAAAGUCAGGUGGCAGGUGGCAGGGUGGGAUGCGAGGAGGAGGAACUAUUACCCUGCUUUCCACGUGCGUGCUCCUUUCCUCGAGAUCUACGAGCCGCAGAUGGGACAGCUGUACGACUCUAAUAGGACGCUGAUCCGGUUCUUGUCCGGGAGAUGGAUGGAGGAGGAGGAGAUGGUCGUGGUGCAGAUCUUCGGUCCUCUGGGAGCUCACUUCGCCGCUCCUCUCGCCUCUCAGUUCGAGCUCGUUGUCUCGAGGAAGGAGGAGGGUGAGGACUUCAACCAGCUCCUGGUUGAGAUCAAACUUGUAGCAUCGCAGAUGCUCCUCGUCCUCGCGCAAUGGAGAGAAACAUCGACCGACGUCUUGACUAUUCUCUUCUCUUCGCAGAUCCAACUCCCGCGAGGUCACAACUGUGCCAGGGUUGAUGCGGGUAGACAGGAUGGCACAUUCCAGGAGUGGGUUCAACUGACCAAGUUGCAACUUAGCUGGGGUGCUUGCUCGCUCAACUACCAGCUCCAAACCUCGUCCAUUCAUCGUUUCGACCAAUGGCCACCAAUCUUCAACUUCUCCGUUAAGAAAGCACGAGAAGCUCCUCGCUUUCACUGGCGCGGCUUGCGAGGACCAGGAGCAGGAGCAGGAGAAGGGAAAGUAGCCAAUCUGUCCGACCCAGAUGAAAAUGAGAGAGAAGACUUCAUGGAGAACUACAGGGAGGAGGUCAGGCUGUUGUCGCUGAAGGAGCUGAAGGAGGAGGAGGAGAGGAUUCGGAGGGAGGAAGGAGAGAAGGGAUGCGACGAGGACGAGCUGUGCCGGGGUUGGAGAUUGACAGCAACGCACGGGGAUAAGGACUCAGAAAGCCUCCAUCAAGAGCUGUGGAAGAUGCAGACAGCAGAAUCCUCCGCCACUCCUUCAAUGGCGCCAUCUCCUCUGGUCUUGGAGCCCAGAAUCCUCACAACGGCUCGACACGAUCACUGGAACUAUGCAAGAGGCGACUGCUAUGACGGAUGGGAGUGCUUUUUCCAGCCAAUCUCAUCAUGUCAUGACGACAUCAUCGACAUGACAGGGACGGUGGGGCUGGAGGUGGGGAAGGGAGGGGGAGAGGGGGGGCAACAAGUUGUAAACAUCUUCUUCGGGGACGGGGUCGGCAACUGUGAGAAUCAGCAGCUCAGGGAGAAUUCGGAGAUCCUGAGCAAAGAAAACUCUCUCUACGUCCCCCCAAGGUAUUUUCAUCGCGGUCUCCUCUGGUGGAGGUCACAGUUGACUCGCUUCCUCUUUCGUCCCAACCGUCGAGCUCGUCACUUCAUUCACUUCACCAAGUCAAGAAUCGGCUGGCCCGCCUUCUACCGCGGGCAGCAGGAGCAGCAGCGGGAGCAGCGGGAGCAGCGGGAGCAGCGGGAGCAGAAAGUGGAGGGGGAGGAGCUGGAGCAGGAGGAGAGUAAGAGCGAGCCCAUCGUUGGGGUGCAUGUGAGGAGGGGAGAUAAGCUUCUUGGCAUCGACGGCUACCACGCAAGCUUCAUCGACCUCUCCUCCUAUCGAGCCGCCGCUCGUCGCCUGUACCCGCAUGCAUGCUGCCUCUUCCUUGCCACUGACGAUCCAGACGUGGUUGAGCAGGCGAGGGAUGAAGUGGCAGAGGAGGAAGAGCUAUGGCUGCUGGACUGGGAGGAGGAGCGGCACAACGGCACCGGAACCCUUCUCAGCUUUGCUGGGGCCCCAUGGAUCGCGUCCCUGCACUGCUCCAGCUGGGGGGUGACCAACACGUCGAGAUGUGCCAUGGAGAGCAUCGCCACCAUCUCCCUUCUCGGGGAAUGCGACGCCAUCGUCGGCACCUCCUCGAGCAACCUGAUGCGUCUCGCUUUCCAGCUCCAGUUCGCCCGCAGAAGCAACGCUUCUGCUGCUCUCUCCCUCGACAACCCGGAGAGGGGAUACGAAUACGCCGAGACUCAUUGCAAGUUUCCUCCCUGCCCUAACUUUUGGUUCCCUGGACCUUGA